AUGAUCGACCUGUUUGAUGAAGUAAAGCAGCUAGCCACGAUCAAGAAGCAGCAGAAUGCCAAGCAUAUGACACAAGUGCUCAAGUUUCAAAAUGACAAAAUAAUAGAUAAUUUUAUAGACCCCAGUGGGGACACAGUUAUAGACAUCCCUGGGGAAAGGAACGACGAUUUGAGAAGCUAUGUAGAUGCAGUUCAUUCAAUAAAACAAGAAAUUAAACAAAUCUACACAGUAAUUGAUGAUAUAGAAGUGUUAAGAAAAAAAAUCAACUUAGCCAUAACGACAGAACAGGAAAAUGAAUUAAGUGUUCUACUAAAUAUGCAAAUAAAAAAUGGAAAUAAUACCAUUCAGUCAAUCAAAAUGGAAAUAAAACAUGUCAGGAAGAAAUUUUUAUUCAAAUCACAACAAAAUAAAAUAAUAAAAAAAAAUAUCCACGAUAACUUAAUUCAUGUAUUCAAAAAAGCUUUACAUAGUUACCAACAAAUUCAAAAUGACUACAAUGAAAGUAUGAAGGAUAAAAUGUCGAGACAUAUAAAAAUUAUUUACCCAGAGUACACAGAUGAAGAUAUUAGUUCUGUCCUAAAUCAUGAUGAUAUAAAUACGCAAAAUUUAGUCAAAUGGAAACUACAAGGACAUGAUAAUUUAAAAAAUGCCUUAACCCAUGUAGAAUCCAAAUAUAGAGAUGUUAAGACACUAGAAAAAAAUGUUUACGAUUUACACCAAACCAUAAUAGAACUGUCUACUUCCAAGUGGAUGUUCUACAUAUCCAUGGGAAUCCUCAUUGUUGUGAUUAUUAUCUGUUUACCCGUUUUGGUGAAGUUUCUCUAG